AUGAAGCACCUCCCCACGGAAUUAAUUAUAGAAAUAUUCAAGUACAUCGAAAUUCCUAUUUCGCUUAUUCUUGUAAAUAAAGAAUUUUGUCGAAUUUGUACCAGUGCUGCAGCAAAUGCUGCAGCAAAGUCUGUAUGGGCUUUGACUAAAUUUGGAAGGAUCCAUGUACUAUUCUUUUCAGUUUUACUGGGGAAAACAUUUAUUACAGUUGAUGUUGUAAAAUCUUUAUUAGCGUUAAAAGCAAAUCUAUCCAGAUAUUUUAUUCAGAGGUUAUUAUUACAAUACGGCCAGUACGAUCAAGAUUUGAUUAAAUUAAAAUUACAAGAUAAUAAUAAUAAUUCCCAAGAAAUUGAUCGAGAAAAAUUUAAAGUCUUUCAAAAUAGUAUCAAGACUCCAUGGUCAUCUGACAUAUCGUUUGAUGUAUUUAUUACUUUAUUAAACGAAGCUGAAGCAAGAUUUGCAUUCACAAAAAAUAAAGAUUUUCAAUUAAAAGAAAAACAUAGGCAAGGAAUGGUG